GCAGCACCCAGGCAGCAGUAUCUGAUACAACAGAGAAGCGUCGCGACUCUUGCUCCUGCUGCCCUGGACUACAGACGCCUCUCUCCAAGGUUGGACACCUGGAAAACACGCUCUCUGCGUGUUUUGUGCACAGUAUCGCUUCUUAAGGACUUGCCAGCAGAGCUAAGAGGCUGACUGUAACCCAAUGAGAGCCCAGUGAUGGGUAAGGAGAAGCUCCAUAUCAACAUCGUGGUCAUCGGCCAUGUGGAUUCAGGGAAGUCCACCACCACCGGCCACCUCAUUUACAAGUGUGGAGGCAUCGACAAGAGGACCAUUGAAAAGUUUGAGAAGGAAGCUGCAGAGAUGGGAAAAGGCUCUUUUAAGUACGCGUGGGUGCUUGACAAGUUAAAAGCUGAGAGAGAGCGAGGCAUCACCAUCGAUAUCUCUCUGUGGAAGUUUGAGACCAGCAAAUAUUAUGUCACCAUCAUUGAUGCUCCAGGACACCGAGACUUCAUCAAGAACAUGAUCACUGGCACCUCACAGGCAGACUGUGCUGUGUUGAUUGUGGCAGCUGGCGUUGGAGAAUUUGAGGCUGGUAUCUCCAAGAAUGGCCAAACACGAGAGCAUGCUUUGCUGGCAUACACCCUUGGUGUCAAACAGCUGAUUGUGGGUGUCAACAAGAUGGACUCUACAGAACCUAAUUACAGCCAGAAGCGCUAUGAGGAGAUUGUGAAGGAAGUCAGCACUUAUAUCAAGAAAAUCGGCUACAACCCCGAUACAGUGGCAUUUGUUCCGAUCUCCGGAUGGAAUGGAGAUAACAUGCUGGAGGCCAGCCCAAACAUGACCUGGUUCAAAGGCUGGAAGAUCACUCGUAAGGAUGGGAGUGUCUCUGGGACGACUCUCUUGGAAGCUCUGGAUGCCAUUCAGCCUCCAACCCGCCCCACUGACAAACCCCUUCGCCUCCCACUGCAGGACGUCUACAAGAUUGGAGGAAUUGGUACUGUGCCUGUGGGACGGGUGGAAACAGGCGUUCUGAAACCUGGCCUAGUUGUGACAUUUGCCCCCGUGAAUGUGACCACUGAGGUGAAAUCUGUGGAGAUGCAUCAUGAGGCUCUAUCUGAAGCUUUUCCAGGUGAUAAUGUGGGAUUUAAUGUGAAGAAUGUCUCAGUCAAAGAUAUCCGGCGUGGGAAUGUUGCAGGGGACAGCAAGAACGAUCCCCCACAGGAGGCAGCAAGUUUCACCGCACAGGUGAUCAUUCUGAACCAUCCUGGUCAGAUCAGUGCUGGUUAUGCCCCCGUGUUGGACUGCCACACUGCUCACAUUGCCUGUAAGUUUGCCGAGUUAAAGGAGAAGAUUGACCGUCGCUCUGGGAAGAAGCUGGAAGACAAUCCCAAGUCCCUGAAGUCUGGGGAUGCUGCUAUUGUAGAUAUGAUACCAGGCAAACCUAUGUGUGUGGAGAGUUUCUCUGAGUAUCCUCCUCUUGGUCGCUUUGCAGUGCGUGACAUGCGCCAAACCGUAGCAGUGGGCGUCAUCAAGGGGGUUGAGAAGAAGACCCCAACCUCUGGGAAGGUCACUAAAUCUGCCCAAAAGGCCCAGAAGACCAAAUGAAUGUUGUGCUGGGCUGCGAACACUUGGGUCAGCCACACCAUCCCUCCUCUUCUCAACUCCAUAAAUAAAGCUUGGUUUAUUAUCACAAUGCAUCGCAAAAGCAGAAGAAGGAAAAGUAAAACUCGCGCCUGCUUGACAAUGAUUACGAUUGUGAUAAGUAUAUUUGUUUAAUUUUAUGUUCUGUUCGAAUUUGAAGUCUUUGUUGUGGUAUUUGUUCUAUUGUUAAAUUGUUAUAAGCACUUUAAGCAGUUCUGCCUCUAGCUAUCAUGUAGCUUGUGUUGAAUAUCUAAGCCCUCCUGCUAACAUUGCUAAUGUAACCUUGCCUGCAAUAGUUGCGAACUGUUCUAGCUUCUAGUCCAAUAGGUAUGAGAUUUUAUGUUAGUCUGUUAUGUUAGUUUGAUAUGUUGUGACAUAACUUUAUAAUUGAAGUUCAGUGUCCUUUUUUGUGUGCAUGAAGCUACAGUAGCUAGCGCACUUUACUGUCUACCCUGACAGCGCUCUGAACAAGCAUGAGCCAUCUUGUUUGCACUUGCACUCACGUACUUUAACGGGAAUAUGAUUCUCCAUUGUCUAAUGUAUGUCGGUUCAUAACCAAAAAUAAAAUACAUUUGAACUCUGA